AUUCAAUAUAAACCACACCACUGUGGUGCUCAGUGUCAGCCAGUGCAGUCCCAGUACAGUGGAAUUUCACUGCAGACAUCAUGGUCAGAAUUAGCAACAUGCUGGGUUUUGUGGGGCUAUCUUUAUGCAUAGUCGUGCUGCUGGGUUCAGAGAUCUGCAUAGCAGCAAGGCAAGAAUUAAUAGUCACCACCAUAAAGCAAGACCCAUACACAAUGAGCAAGGGCUCCCAGUUAGAAGGCUACUGCAUGGAUCUACUCUCUGAGCUAUCUAAGAAACUGGGGUUUAAAUACAAAGUUAACCUGGUGAAGGAUGGGUCAUAUGGCCGGCAGGAUGAAAGUGGAAACUGGAACGGAAUGAUUGGAGAGGUUGUUAGAGGGGAAGCUGAUCUGGCCGUAGCUCCUCUCACUCUCACUGCUGCCCGUGAGAAGGCUGUGGGAAUGUCAAAGCCGUACAUGCAGACUGGAAUCAGCAUCCUCCUCCGCAAAGAAAUAGUUUCUGAAGAGGCUGGGUUUUUUGACUUUCUCUCCCCUUUCUCUGGGGAGACCUGGUUCGGCAUCCUGAUUGCAUACUUUGUGACUGCAGUCUGCAUCUGCAUUGUAGGAAGGUUGAGUCCAUGCGAAUGGAGCCAGCCUGAGACCGAGACCAAUCGCUUAACACUUCUGCACAGCUUGUGGUACACUGCGGGAGCCCUAAGCCUGCAAGGUGCAGGCCCACACCCUAAAGCUGUGUCAGGACGGGUUAUCAGUUGUACCUGGUGGCUGUUUGCAGUCGUGUUGCUGGCGUGUUAUUUCUCCAGCCUCAGUUCCUCUCGGGGGUCUGAUUCUGCACCGCUCAUGAUAAAAGGCUUUGAGGACUUGGCCAAUCAGGAAGUGAUCGAAUAUGGAACGCUUGCAGGCUCCUCCACCCUUGCCUUCUUUAAGAACUCCAAUAACCUGUCUUACCGUCGCAUCUAUGAGCACAUGGAGCGGAGGAAGAGUUUUGUGUCCUCCAUGGAUGAGGGUGUCCAGAAAGCAAAGGAAGGAAAUUAUGCUUUCAUUGGAGAAUCUGUGUCCCUGGACUUGGCUGUGGCACGCCAUUGUGAAUUGGCCCGUGCACAUGAGGUCAUUGGGAUGAGAGGUUACAGCAUCGUAACUCCUCUUGGAUCUCCCAUGCUGAAGAACCUGAGUGUGGCGAUCCUGCAGCUGAGUGAGGCGGGGGAGCUGGCCUAUCUGCGUACUAAGUGGUGGGCCAGUAGCUGUAUCUUGGACAAUGCCAAAGCCUCAUCUCUGAGGGCCCAUAGCAUGAAGGGCAUCUUCCUGGUUUUGGCAAUAGGCCUUGGGAUUGGGGUUCUUCUCUCCUUGUUUGAGCUCACCUCGAAGUCUCGCAGUACUGCAGGAGAGCAGAAGAAAUCCUGCUGCACAGUUUUGACUCAGGAGCUGAGCCAGCGUUUGAGAAUGAGCAACACAAAGAAAGACCAGGAAACCGCAGACAAAAACAAGGCAUAAAAGGUUUUCCAACACUGAUAUAAUCCGAGUCUUACAUAACAGAAUGUCUUUACUGUUUCUUAAAUUCUGAUAGAUCUAUUCAAGAUUUUCUGGAUUAUCUGGUGCUAGAUAUUACUAUCUCUUAAGUUAUAGGAAACUAUGUUUAUUAACAUUUUAACUGAUUUAUAUUAGUGUUCUGAACUGCAGAUUUCUAUAAAAUGUUAACAUUUUUAGUCAAAUCAAGCUACCUGCUGGUUCAGUGAAGAUGUUACCAAAUGAGGUGCCUUUUAAUCUCAAUCUGGCAGUAAAAUCUUAAUAAUAAUAAUAAAAAUAAUAAUAUUGUAUUAUUAUUAUUAUUAUUUCUUAUAGUUGUUGAUAUUAGAUGAUUAUUAGAAAUUUCAUCUGAAACAUAAUUUUUAUACAGACUGUAUGUAAUAAGCUAAGGAAGAAAGCUGAAAAGGAGUUCAAUAAGACUUUGUGAAAUGUUUGUAUUUAAUAGAGAAAUAUAAGAAAAAGCCUAUAAAAGUAAGAGACAAGCAACAUUUUACAGAUGUGUCAUUGUAAACCAAGCAUAAUGGGAAAAAUACACCUUCUCCGACAAGGAUUUAAGAAUGAAACGUUGUAAACUUACAAAACAAAAGCUCAUAUAAUAUAGAAAACAUUGUCACCUCUUACUCUUAAUCACAAAAGAGGCAUUGGUUCUGGCACCAUGUUUUAAUUUAAUUAAAUAAAUUAAUAAACUUGA